AUGCUCUACUCUUCUUACGCGGCGCCAUUGCCUCCCACCACCGAGGCAUCCCACUUGCAGCUCGAGCGGCUCCCUUCCUAUCCGCCGCCCGCACCACCCAUCAUGGCAUCCUCAAGCUCGGCGAGCGCCAGUCCGGACCGGUUCGAGUACAAUGGCCACGUCGUCGUCGCCUCGCAGCUCGAGAGCCGUCUAGCCACGCAUGCGCUCGUGCGCGAUUGUGCGGUCAUUGGCGUAGCCCAGCCGAAUGGGAUGGUCACCACCACAUCCAGCCACUCAACGAUGGCUCACACACUGCCCAUGGCGUUUGUGGCGCUCAGCGCGUCCGGACGCGAACGCUCCGCGCUCGGCGGCGACAAGGAGUCACGACGCAUGAAGGCCCAGCUCACCAAACACCUCGUCGAGGCCGCACCGCUCCUCAAGACGUUCAAGCUGCGACUCAUGUUUGUUGAGUCCAUCCCUCGAUCCCCGACAGGCUCGAUCCUGCGCCAUCUGCUGGUGGAUAAAGCCACAAUGCCUCCUGCGCCCGGUCCCGACAAGGGCUUCUUCAACACGGUGCUUGCCCAGCCGUCGACAUCGCCCAAGAAGGGCGUGCGCGAUUCGAAGCGACGCGCGACGCACAGCCAGAUCGAACGACGGCGGCGCGAAAAGAUCAACGACCGACUCGUGACGCUCCGCUGCAUCGUCCCCGCCUGUGCGCAGGAACUCGCCGAUCGUCGCCGCCAGAAGCAGGAGGACGAGGAUGAGGCGGCGAGGAUUGCGGCGGGGGGCGCACCCAAGACGUACAUCGAUGCGGCGACGGGAAAGCCGAAGCGCAAGCGAAACCGCAAGCGAGCGGAUAGCAAAAAGGCGGCGGGGGAGGACGAGCUGGGUCUGCACAAGUUGGACGUCUUGACGCAUGCGAUCAACUACAUCUUUGAGCUCAAGGCGCAGAUCCACACGCUGCAGACGGGCGAAAGGCCGCAGCACGUGCCUACGGCCGACAACCCGUUUGGCGUGCGCAAUGCCGACGGCUCGUAUCGGCAAGAUGCCAAGAUCGAAGACGUUGACGAAAAUCAACCCAACGACGAUGAUGAAGAGGAGGAGGAGGAGGAGGAGGAUGAGAUUGAGGCUAGUGAUGACGAGCCGCUUUCGAAGCGGAUUCGCGAUACCGAUCUGCGCUCGCACUACACCCACCGUUCUUCAUCCUCAGGUGCAAGUACGGACAUCUCGCCCUCCUUCUCGCUCAUCCACGCGAGUCCCUCUGCGAUCUCACCGGCCACGACCACCAUGUCGCCGAUGAUGAGUCUGGCUGCCGAGUCGCCGAUCCUGCUUCCCGAUGCGGCCAUGCCACUGCCCAAGCGCGGGCGCGAGUCGAUCUCGCUGCUCAAGCACCUUUCGCUUGCCUCGCCACGCGGGGCCAUGGGUCCAUCCUACGGAGAGCAGAGCGAGGUGCGCAGCAAGACCCCCGGACUGGCAGAUGCCAGGGACGCGGCAGAAUUGCUGCUCAACUUUUCAACAUCGCCAGAGGUGCUUAGGCCCCCAAGGGGUGGCUUGGCCUCUCCGCCGCUGCUGGCCCUCGAUGCACCGCAAGAUCCAAACAAGUCGCCAAAAGAUGGACACUAG